AUGUCUACCCAAGUUGAAAGAGAAGCCGAGGACUCUUACGAGGCAGAGAACGAUCCCGCGCCCGUUGAGGGUGAGGUCAUCGAUGACUCGUACACCAGAGAUACAAACCCCUACAUUAGCAAUCAGAUGCCCAUUCAGCGUGAUGGGGAGGACUAUGACGAUCCCAUGCAGCCGCCAUAUUCUAACAGUGAGCAGCAGCUAGGCGAUGAUGAACGCGAGGCAAUUGACCAGAAGAACAUCCUCCCUGGAGAUCGCCUGCGACAUGCAAAGCCGCGGACGAAAAACCAGUACAACGAGGGACCUGAUGAGGAUGACUUGCCGAGUGAUAUUCGAUAUGGCUUGUCUGGGGUUUCAGGGACAAAGAGAAUGACCUGA